UAGGGUUUAACACAGAGAAAUUUUACGCCUUUCUUCUUCGGAAAAAAGAGAAAUCGAAUUAGCUUGCCGGAGUCAGAAAAAUGUCGAGACCGGAACUCCUAGCACCGCCGGAAAUUUUCUACAAUGACGAUGAAGCUAGAAAAUAUACCUCAUCUUCUCGAAUUAUUGACAUACAGACACAACUUUCCGAGAGAGCAUUGGAGCUUCUUGCUUUGCCAGAUGAUGGCGUCCCAAGAUUGCUUCUUGAUAUUGGUUGCGGAUCAGGUCUAAGUGGAGAGACACUCACUGAGCAUGGACACCAGUGGCUUGGUUUGGAUAUAUCAGAAUCAAUGCUUGAUAUUGCAUUGGAGCGUGAGGUUGAGGGUGAUCUGAUGCUGGGUGACAUGGGUCAGGGCUUAGGGCUUCGAUCUGGUAUUUUGGAUGGUGCCAUCAGUAUCUCAGCUGUGCAGUGGUUGUGCAAUGCUGACAAAUCUUGUCAUGAACCUCGGAUAAGAUUGAAGGCUUUCUUUAGUUCCUUGUAUAGAUGUUUGGGAAGGGGAGCAAGAGCAGUACUCCAGAUCUAUCCUGAAAAUCUUGCUCAGAGAGAGCUGAUUCUGGGUUUUGCCAUGCGAGCUGGAUUUUCUGGAGGCAUAGUUGUUGACUACCCACACAGUUCUAAAAGGAGGAAGGAAUACUUAGUUCUCACUUGUGGUCCACCGUCUCUCAGCACCACUACUCCCGAAGGAAAGGGUGAAGAUGGAGAGAGUUGUUCUGAUGAAGACAGUAGCGAAGAUGAAGAAAACCAGACAGUUUGCAUAUCUGACAGGCGCAGGCCUAGAAAAAAGCAAAAGGUGAACAAGAAAGGCAAAGGGAGGGACUGGGUUCUGAGGAAGAAAGAACAGAUGAGGAAAAAGGGGAAUGCGGUUCCUGCAGAUAGCAAAUACACCGCACGUAAAAGAAAAGAUCGGUUUUGAUCCAUUAGUAAGAUAUAUUCGGGUUGAUUUAUAUGUUUUGAACAGAACUUCAGCACAAGGAGCUAAAAUUAUUGCUUAUUGACCGAAGUGAGAAGCAAAAAUAUUCUGAUAAAAGACGUUCCUCAGAUUGUUUAAAGAUUCUGGGACAGUUUUGUGAGACCUGAAUACAAUUUUUCAGCUGAGUUCCAAGAGUAAACAAGACGGUCUAUAGUUUCUUGGUUCUUUACGUAUGAUUUUUUUUCAGUUGGAGGUUGUUUUUCGAUAGAUCAACGUAGUAUGUAUUUAACCCCUUCUGGAGUUGAUCACUGGUUGAAUACUUUAUUUUCUUAUGCAGU